ACCGACACGACACGCCCACUCCUUCCCUGCUUCCCGCCGACCCAACCUCACUAUUAGUUCCGCAACACUCGUCAAUCUCACUCCCCCGCCGUCAACACCCAUAGAUACAGCCCUCUGAGUCUUCUUAACAUAUGCCACGCAGGUUUCGGCCGUGGAGUAGCCGCUGGAACCCCCUUGUCCUUGGCCAAAAGUGGCCGAAAUCCCAAAAAUGUCUUUGUCUGUUUGCCGAAAGACCCCCCAUGAUUCCGCGCGUUCUGGCGAAAGUCAAGAUCAAAAAAUAUCUUCCGCCAGAGGCCUUUCUUGGCACGAACGAAGGAAGAUACGAGCGCUGCGCACACGCACGCACGCACAUGUAUGCACAUACAUGCACGCACACACCCUGACCCUGACCCUGACCCUGACCCUGACCCUGACCCGGACCCUGACCCGGACCCGGACCCGGACCCGGAUCCGGACCCGGACCCGGACCCGGACCCGGACCCGGACCCGGACCCGGACCCGGACCCGGACCCGGACCCGGACCCGGACCCGGACCCGGACCCGGACCCGGACCCGGACCCGGACCCGGACCCGGACCCGGACCCGGACCCGGACCCGGACCCGGACCCGGACCCGGACCCGGACCCGGACCCGGACCCGGACCCGGACCCGGACCCGGACCCGGACCCGGACCCGGACCCGGACCCGGACCCGGACCCGGACCCGGACCCGGACCGGGACCCGGACCCGGACCCGGACCCGGACCCGGACCCGGACCCGGACCCGGACCCGGACCCGGACCCGGACCCGGACCCGGACCCGGACCCGGACCCGGACCCGGACCCGGACCCGGACCCGGACCCGGACCCGGACCCGGACCCGGACCCGGACCCGGACCCGGACCCGGACCCGGACCCGGACCCGGACCCGGACCCGGACCCGGACCCGGACCCGGACCCGGACCCGGACCCGGACCCGGACCCGGACCCGGACCCGGACCCGGACCCGGACCCGGACCCGGACCCGGACCCGGACCCGGACCCGGACCCGGACCCGGACCCGGAUGCCAUCGUGGUGAUGGUGCUGAGUGGCGGCGGCCGGGAGACGGGGGCAGGAGGUGACGACUUCACACAGCACAGGCCCAUGCACAUGCAUGUGCACAUGCAAACACACGCGUGAGCACUACCAUGAGCCACUGAUGAAGCAGUGGCAUACGAGAGGGUCAGCGGGGGAGCUUAGUGGGCAGGCGAAGGGUAUUUUGUUUUACGCCCCGGGGAGCAGGGCCAGGUUUGCGGGGUUUUAAGCCUGAGAGGGUUAAUUGGGUGCUGCAGCACCCCGGGCCUUACGGCCUGGACCGGCCUAGUGGCCAGACGCGUUUGUGGCUGCCCUUAGGCAUAGUCUGCUCUUGGCGUCGAGAGCUGGUUAGGUUGCGGUUGAGGUCGUGCAGGCUGCGGGGUCGUAGGACUCAGCCCCGCAGCCACUGUGGUCGUGUUAACGCGUGCUGUCGCGUGCUGCGUGCUGCGUGCUGCGUGCUGCGUGUUUUGUUAUGUUUGCUGUUU